AUGUAUGACAACAUCUCUGAUUUCACAAGAUAUGAUGACGACCAUGACCCCGAACACGGUGAAGAAGAAGUUUUACAAACAUCCAUUAAGACAGGAAAGGUUUUAACUCAAAGUCUCAUUAUUGACACCAAAGAUGGCGAAGUGGACGUUCUUCAAGAGCUGAAGAAAAAUACUUCUGAAGGAGGUGGUGGUAGGCAUGAACUUGAAAUAAAUGAGAUAGAAGAGAAAUUAGCCGAAAAAGCAGAUAAAGAACAUAAACACAAUAUCUCCGAUAUAAAUGAACUUCAAGCUACAUUAAAUAGUAAAGCAGAUAAAAACCAUGUUCAUUAUAUAACUUCAGAUGAACAGAUUAUAACGGACUACCAUGGAUAUUUAACACAGGAUGAAAAAGUGAAGACGGAAGAUGUUAAUGAAAGAAGAUAUAAAUACAUUCGUGCUAAAGGUUAUGACAUAAGCUGUACUGUACAUUAUGACACAGGUAAAGCGCUAGAAGCAUUUAGUUAUAACGAUGAAAUUUAUGCCUCUACUUUCAAUGUUAACGGUGUAUUAGUUGAACCAAGAUUUACAUUGAGAGUUAAGGCAAAAAUAACUUUUGAAGAUGCUAUUAAAAGUAGAGCCGACAAAGAUGAACUUGACGCAACGAACAAAGUUUUGAAAUCUCAUAAACACAAUAUCUCCGAUAUAAAUGAACUUCAAGCUACAUUAAAUAGUAAAGCUGACAAGAACCAUACACAUGAAUCCUUCACUACUGUUAGAGCAGACGACAUAAUAUUGAACUAUACCCUUGGUUCAAGUGCACCAUUAGAGAAUCCAAGUACAAGCGUAAAAGAUACACUAAACUCCUUAAAUAGUAAAUGUAUGAACAUUGAAGGUCAUGUCAGAAACUUUGAAACAUAUAAACUACCAGCAAUGUUAGAUAAAAAAGCAGAUAAAGAACAUACACAUAACUCCUUCUCAACUGUUGCUAUAGAAAGUAUUAAAGGAACG